AUGGGUUCUGAUUUAGGAAAAGUAAACAAGGCGUUAAAAGACUUAAAUGAAAAAGCCGAUGAGUUUUUAGAGAUAUAUGAUGAAAACCAUAACAAAGAAGUAGAUAUUAGCGAAUUGAUUGAAAAAAGAACAGAACUAGCCAAAGAUUUAGCCAAGGACAAAAAAGAAAGCCGUUCUUUAAUUGAAGAAGAAAAUGUAGAAGAAUUCUCCAAAGAAGUAGAGGGAACAGAAAAAGAGAAAAAAACCAGGGAAUUUGAAUCCAUCGAACCAGAAUCUUCCCAACAAUGA